AUGGAAAGUCGUGUUCAAGUAACGUGUCCGGAAUGUAAUGAGUUAUUACACCCGACUGAUAUAUACUCGUUGAUGGUUCAUCAUCCUGCACUCAUCGAUAAAUACGAGAGUUUCUCACUUCGACGCGUCCUCAUGACUGAUCCCGAUACUAGAUGGUGUCCAGCACCUGAUUGCACGUUUGUUUUAUCACUUCUUUCAGGUGGAUUUGGUUGUUCGAUUUUACGAUAUUUAUGA